UGUGAAAACCAAGAUGCAGUCAUAAAAACCAGGCGAACAAGUGCACAGUUAACUCGCGGCAGCGUGCGUGGAAAAUGCUCGCACUCGUUUUAGUGUUUGUUUCGUUCAUUCUGUUUUGGUUAAAGUUAUCGGUGACUAAGCCGAGGAAUUUUCCUCCAGGCCCGAAAUGGUUGCCGAUGGUCGGCUCGCUUCCGUUCCUGAAGAGGUUGUCGAUCAAGUUGGGCAGCCAGCAUCGCGCCCUAACGGAAAUGUCGAAGCAGUUCAAGACCAACGUUCUCGGGUUGAAGCUCGGUGGCGAGAUCAUGAUUAGCGUUGAGGAUUACGAGACGAUCAGGGAGGUCCUCACCUGUGAGCAGUACGACCAGAGGCCGAACAACUUCUUCAUCCGCCUGCGGACUUUGGGCACGUGCAAGGGGAUAACGUGCGCCGAGGGCAAGCUGUGGACCGAACAGCGAAGUUUCGUCGUUCGCCACCUUCGCAACAUCGGCCUUGGCAAAAAGAUUAUGGAUUUAAAAAUACAAGACGAAAUUGCUAAUCUCUUCAAAAUAAUUGACGAGCGGGUCGAAGUGCAAAUUGCGAAACUGUUACCGUUCGCGAUUAUUAACAUUUUAUGGUCGAUGGUGGCCGGUAAGCGAAUCGCGAGCGAGAACCAGCUUCUGGACAUCAUCAAUAAGCGAACCAAGGCGUUCGACAUGUCGGGCGGGGUCUUGGCUCAACAGCCCUGGCUGCGCUACAUAAUCCCGGAGAGGAGCGGGUACAAUCUAAUCAAAAAACUGAACAAAGAGCUCAAGGCGUUUCUAAUGGAAACGAUUAAUGAGCACCACGAGACAUGGACCGAGGAUAACCAGGAGGACUUCAUUUACUCCUUCAUUACGGAGAUGAAGAAGAUGAACGACCCCCAGUCGAGCUUUACAGAUGAGCAGCUUUUGAUCGUCUGCCUUGAUUUAUUCGUCGGAGGAUUCACGACUACCAGCAGUACUUUGGACUUCUUCUUUCUGAUGAUGGUUUUGUACCCCGACGUGCAGGCGAAGAUUCAGGCGAACCUCGACGAGACCUUCGACGAUAAUUACCAGAUCGAGUUCACCGAUCGCCACCGGUUGCCCUACAUCGAUGCUGUAAUCAAAGAGGUGCAGCGAUACCGGACGAUACUUCCGGUGAUAGGGCCGAGAAGGUCGACCAAGGAGAUGAAUUUGUCGGGGUAUACCAUACCGAAGGAUACGACCAUACUAAUCAACCUGGCACCGACGUAUAUGAGCAAGGAGAUAUGGGGCGACCCGGAGAAUUUUAGGCCGGAGAGGUUUUUGGAUGAGAGCGGGGAGCUGGUCUCGCAUCCUCAGUUUUUGCCUUUUGGGCUCGGGAAAAGGAAAUGUCUGGGUGACGCUUUCGCCCGAGGUUGCCUAUUUAUAUUCACCACAGAAUUUUUGAGACGGUACGAGAUAAGGCCGGUGGACGAGAAGAAUUUGCCCUCCGCUGAGCCGUUACCGGGACUAGUUGCCUCACCCAGACCGUAUUUUGCCAAAUUUACCAGAAGGCGCCAAUAGAUUCCUAAGUUACAAUGGCAGUGUUAUUUUAAGUUUGCAUAUUUUAUUUAUUUAUCUUGAAGGAAAACAUUACAUAAGCGUGCCCUUGUUUGA